AUGGGGAUUGUUAAAGUUGUCCAAAACAAGGCCUACUUCAAGAGAUACAAAGUGAAAUUCAGAAGACAGCAAAAGGGCAAAACUGACUACUAUGCUCAGAAACGACUGGUAAUCCAAGAUAAAAAUAAGUACAACACCCCUAAAUACAGAAUGAUCGUUCAUGUAACGAACAGAGAUAUUAUUUGUCAGAUUUCUUAUGCCUGUAUAGAAGGAGAUAUGAUAGUUUGUGCAGCUUAUGCUCAUGAACUCCCAGAACGUGGUGUGAAGUUUGGCCUGACAAAUCAUGCUGCAGCAUAUUGUACUAGCCUGCUGCUGGCCCACAGGCUUAUUAAUAGGUUUGGUAUGGACAAAAUUUAUGAAGGCCAAGUCAAGGUGACUAGAGAUAAAUACAAUGUGGAAAGCAUUGAUGGUCAACCUGGUGCCUUCACUUGUUACCUAGAUGCAGGACUUGCCAGAACUACUACCAGGAAUAAAGUUUUUGAGGCCCUAAAGGGAGCUGUCAAUGGAGGCUUGUCUAUCCCUCAGUACAAACGGGUCCCCAGUUAUGACUCAGAAAGCAAAGAAUUCAGUGCUGAGGUACACCAAAAGCACAUCAUGGGGCAGAAAGCUGUAGAUUACAUGCAUUACCUGAUUGAAGAAGAUGAGGAUGCUUAUAAGAAACAAUUCUCUCAGCACAUAACGAACAUAACUCCAGACAUGUUGGAGGAGAUGUAUAAGAAAGCUCAUGCUGCAAUACGAGAGAAUCCAGUGUAUGAGAAGAAGCCUAAGAAAGAAGUUUAA